AUGACGCCCCAGCUCCUCCGCGCGCUGCUCCCGGUCCUGCUCUUCGCCGGCGUCGCGGGCGGUACCAGCGGCGGCAGAGGCCAAUGGACCAGGGCGCCGUCGCUGGAGUUCCACCACCGGUUCUCCGCGCCCGUGCGGCGGUGGGCGGACGCCCGCGGGCACCAGCUCCCCGGCGGCUGGCCGGCGCCCGGCGGGGCCGCGUACGUCGCCGCCCUCGCCGGGCACGACCGCCACCGCGUGCUGUCGGCCGCCGCAGAUCACCCUCCGCCUCUCACCUUCUCCGAGGGGAACGCCACGCUGAAGGUCAGCAACCUCGGAUUCUUGCACUAUGCUCUUGUCACGGUGGGCACGCCGGGCCACACUUUCAUGGUGGCGCUGGACACCGGCAGCGACCUCUUCUGGCUUCCUUGCCAGUGCGACGGCUGCACGCCGCCGGCCUCGGGCACUUCCGGAGCAGCUUCUUUGUACAUUCCUAGCUUGUCAUCAACAAGCCAAGGAGUUCCUUGCAACAGUGACUUUUGUGGUCUUAGAAAAGAAUGUUCUGGAACAUCAAGUUGUCCAUACAAGAUGGUGUAUGUCUCUGCGGACACAUCAUCUUCCGGAUUUCUCGUGGAGGACGUGCUUUACCUAUCAACAGAGGAUACCCGCCCUCAAAUUCUCAAGGCACAAAUAACGUUUGGAUGCGGACAGGUUCAGACAGGGUCAUUUCUGGAUGCUGCUGCUCCAAAUGGUCUUUUUGGACUUGGGGUAGACAUGAUAUCAGUUCCUAGCAUUCUUGCACAGAAAGGUCUUACAACUAAUUCCUUCUCAAUGUGUUUUGGCCGUGAUGGUAUUGGGAGGAUCAGUUUCGGAGACCAAGGCAGCUCGGACCAACAGGAGACACCACUCGAUAUCAACCAGAAACACCCUACGUAUGCCAUCACUAUCACUGGGAUUUCUGUUGGAAAUAAUGCAAUGGAUUUGGAGUUUAGUACAAUUUUUGACACAGGGACAUCCUUCACAUACUUGGCAGAUCCAGCAUAUACAGAUAUAACAGAGAGUUUCCAUAGUCAAGUUCAAGCAAAUCGCCAUGCCGCUGACUCAAGAAUUCCUUUUGAAUAUUGUUAUGAUCUAAGCUCUAAUGAGGCAAGGAUCCAAACUCCUGGUAUUAGUCUUAGAACUCUUGGUGGAAGUCUGUUCCCUGCUAUUGAUCCAGGGCAGGUUAUCUCUAUUCAGCAACAUGAGUAUGUCUAUUGCUUGGCGAUUGUCAAGAGCACAAAACUAAAUAUAAUUGGACAAAAUUUCAUGACCGGUAUUCGUGUUGUGUUCGACCGAGAAAGGAAAAUACUUGGUUGGAAGAAAUUCAACUGUUAUGACACUGAUAGUUCAAACCCUCUCUCCAUCAACUCACGGAAUUCAUCAGGUUCAACACCUGAGAAUUACUCUCCUGAGAAGACAAAAAACCCUGCCGGCGUUACCCAGUUGAGGCCCCUUAGCAGCUCCCCUCAUGUAAUGUGGCAUAGUAAUAGUUUACUCCUGAUGUUUCUGUUCCUCAACUUUCUGGUCUUCUAAUUGGUUCUGUAAUGACAUGGUUGUAAAUUAGUUCUCACUGUUACCAUGUAGAUAAACUAGGGAAUGACUAGGUGGUAGUUAGUACAGCAUAGAGAACAGCACCACUUACAUGUCCUGUAAAUUGCCUAUUUUGUCGAGAUCGAGAAAGUAAAAUUGUGAUGGCCGGUUU